CCGGGCGGCCGCGGCGUUCGGUGAAUUUGCUUUACCGCCUGGCGCUCAGGUGUCCCCGAGUGGUUGCUCUUUGGCUUCCUUUCCUUCUUUGCCCGGGACUGAGGGUCGCCGCCGCCCCUUCUCCAGGCCCUCUCCAACCCCUACCGAGACCAAUCCUGGCGCGGCCCCUAUCCUCUGACCCCGCGUUGCACAAUGCCCGAGCCCAGUCCCCAAGGGUGUGAAACCCAGCGUUCCUGCCCCUGGGCGGGGACGGGCGGCUACCGUGCGGGGAGCCGAGACGGCGAGCGCGCAGCCGACACAGCCCGCAGACCAGGGCCCCGCGAGUCCCCCGGGAACUACAGCCACAGGCCCCCCGCGCCGCUCGGCCCUGCCGCCGGGCCCGCCCGCCGCUCCUCUCACAGGCCGCCGCCGCCGCAGCCAUGGCGGAAGUUCAUAGACGUCAGCAUGCCCGGGUUAAAGGAGAAGCCCCCGCGAAAUCCUCCACACACAGACAUGAGGAGGAGUUGGGGAUGGCGUCGGCCGAAACGCUGACGGUGUUCCUGAAGCUGCUGGCCGCCGGCUUUUACGGCGUGAGCUCCUUCCUGAUCGUGGUGGUCAACAAAAGCGUGCUUACCAAUUACAGAUUUCCCUCCUCACUAUGUGUUGGACUUGGCCAGAUGGUGGCCACAGUGGCAGUUCUCUGGGUGGGAAAGGCGCUCAGAGUAGUCAAGUUUCCUGACCUUGACAGAAAUGUACCUCGAAAGACGUUUCCACUACCUCUACUAUAUUUUGGGAACCAAAUCACGGGACUGUUCAGCACAAAGAAACUGAACUUGCCAAUGUUUACAGUUCUGAGAAGGUUCUCCAUCCUGUUUACAAUGUUUGCUGAAGGAGUUUUACUCAAGAAGUCUUUUUCUUGGGGUAUUAAGAUGACCGUAUUUGCAAUGAUUAUUGGAGCCUUUGUAGCUGCCAGCUCUGACUUGGCAUUUGACCUGGAAGGAUAUGUUUUCAUUCUGAUAAAUGAUGUCCUGACAGCAGCAAAUGGCGCAUAUGUAAAACAGAAAUUAGAUUCAAAAGAGCUGGGAAAAUAUGGUCUGCUCUAUUACAAUGCACUGUUCAUGAUUCUGCCUACUCUGGCCAUUGCAUAUUUUACAGGAGAUGCACAAAAGGCAAUGGAUUUUGAAGGUUGGGCCGACACCCUCUUUCUUCUGCAGUUCACUCUCUCUUGUGUGAUGGGGUUUAUCUUGAUGUAUGCCACAGUACUCUGCACGCAGUAUAAUUCUGCUCUUACAACUACAAUAGUUGGCUGUAUUAAGAAUAUAUUAAUAACUUAUAUUGGAAUGGUCUUUGGUGGAGAUUAUAUUUUCACAUGGACGAACUUCAUUGGCUUAAAUAUCAGCAUUGCUGGGAGCCUGGUGUAUUCCUACAUCACCUUCUCUGAGGAACAGCUGAGCAAGCAGUCAGAGGCCAGUAACAAGCUGGACAUUAAGGGGAAAGGAGCAGUAUGACCCAGAGGAUCGCUUCCACUACUUAGGCCCAAGCUUUUGAUCAACUGAGAACACUGGCAUUUCUUACACAGACACUCAGGUGUCUUGAUUACAGAGAAAAUACCAUUCCUUUGCACUUGUACAAUCUGAGGAUUGAUUGCUGCCUUUUAAAAUUUUAUGAGAGAAGCUUAUAAUUGACUCUAUUUUAAAUAUGCCAUUGGAAUUAAUUUAUAUCAAACUGGAAAAUGUACCGGGCUUUUUAAUUUAUUUCUUUUAUUUUGACAAUGAACCAUCAGUGUUUUGAAAAUAUUUUAUUCCAUAGUUUGAUAUCCAGAUAUCCCUUAGAGCUGCAUCUAUAAAGUGCUCCAACUGGAGCCUCCGCAUUGAAAUUGUUGCUGCAUAUUGAGGUAGCUCAGUCUUCCUUCUACUGGAAAUGCAGCCACGUAUCUAAAGUUUCUCCUUUUAGAAUUUUAUUUAAGGGUUUUUCUUCAUAAGGAUAUUAUCCCUGCAUUUGCUAAAGAUGACAACUUUGGCACUAAAAAACUACAUGUGCCUUGAGGUUGUAUUGGUUUCCAUGUUGGCUCCCCUGGGAAUUCAUGGAAUGAGCAGAGUGCAUUCCUUGAAAUUAUGCUAUUCCCUUUUUGUUGUGUAAGAUGGGGAUGAUGAAGGGAUAGAGGAAGGAGGCCAUCUGUAUGAUUCAUUCAUUCAGCUCAAAUGUACUGGGUAUGCAAUAUGUACCUGGCAUUAUGCUAAGUGCUGGGGGUGCACAGAUGUUUUUGGAGGUAGUUGAAUGAUCUCACUCUUGCUGUCAUGACUGAGGGUUAAGAGAGAAAACUUUAUGAUCCAUCCAGAAGAUGCUGCGACUUUGAACAAGUCACAGAAACUUUCUUCAGCUUAGAAACUGCAAAUCCGUAAACGGGGUUAGAAGUACCUGCCCCUACCCACCCCACAAUGGUUUGCUACCCAUAUGCUACAGUGUGAGAUGACAUGUAUGUGAAGAGCGGCAUAUUGUUUAUUUAUUUUUAAAAAAAUUUUAUUAUUUUUUUAAACUCUGUACCCAACGUGGGGCUUCAACUCGUGACCCCAAGAUCACGAGUCAUAUAUAUGAAGAGCAGCUAUGUUUUGUUGCAAACCAUGCAGCUCAGCCUUCCUUCUCUGAGUGAGAAUGGCAGGCAGGCAAGGUGGACGCUGUCUUUUUCUUGUGCUUCCCUCCUCUGGGUUUGGUUGCUACUCUGUUUACUCCUCUUUGAAUUAAUACAAGUAGGUCUUAUAUAUCUGAAUGUAUUGGUUUGAGGGGAAAGCCUUUUUAGAGGUUUCUGCAUUGUCAAGGCUUAGUCUUUGUUCAGCGUGUUGCUGUUACAGCCAUCACCAUCCUUUCUCCUUAAAUGGCGUGAGCAUACCUGUGUCUUUGCAUACUGUCACCUACAUCCUGUGUCCCUUGGCUUACCUUAUGAGCACGUCAGCUUCUCUUGAGACCUUUGCUGCAUCCUGGGAGAGCAGCUGUGAAUAGGCACUGCCUAAAUUGCCUCUUUGGGCAGGCAGGGGAUUCACUCACACAGCCCUGUGAUUUGGUGCAGAGGCAUCCUCCGACUUCGCAUAUGAGUGUCUGCACAGGCCAGUUGUGCAGUCAGUGUGCAAGAGGCUGGGUGCUUUUGCACUGGUGCACACUAACUUCUCUUUCAUUAGGUUUGGAAUCCAUAGGGCUCUACUGAUCUAAACAGUUGGUAUUUGGGUGGCUUAACAGGAGGCCUGGAAGGUUUUGAUUUCUUUUUAUUUUUUAAAAAAUUACAUUGAGGUCAUUUUCAUAUUCUUGUGUUUCUUUUAUUUGGGUUUGUUUUUACUAAAGCCUGAUCAGUGGUAUUGGGUCCCUAGAAUUAACCUCACGGCCAACUUCCAGGCCAAAAGCUCCCAGGGCUCACUUUUUUCCAGGAUCAUCUGAUCUGAGAAAAUUCCACUGGGAGCAUAGGAUUAUCUUGUGUAAGAUGAUUUUUAUUGUCUUUGUUUUAUCAAUGAGACGACUCAGAGAGGGUAAGUGACUUGUUAAUAAGUAAAAAUUCAUGUUUCUUCCAUUGAGCCAUGCUGCCAUUUUCCUCUGAGGAAGUGAGGAAAUGGAGAUGGCUGGCUGAGUCAGCCAAGGAGGCAAGUGUUUGUUUGAAUUUGGAGCCUAAGAGGAAUAGACUUUGCAAAUUAGGGGCAGUGAUGUAUCACUCUACAUACCAGAGCUUGUGUCUACCUUCCAGGCUGGGCUCGGUUGAUAGAUGUGGCCUGCCACUGCCUGGUUUUGGCUGGGCACAGUGGAAAGGCCUUGUGAGAGCUAAUUUUAUUCAUUCUCUUUCUUCUUCUGUCAAGUCACAUGUAGGGAACUUUGAUAUUAGAAAUCAUUUGUGUUGUAGAAUUUCCUGUCAUGAAAGGCCUUUGGCUGUGUCUGUAGCUGUUGUGCUAGAAUUCCAGCAAGGGUUGAACUGCUUCUUGGGGGUCAGGUUCCUUGAAGAUCUGUCAUCACUCCAGGUUUGAGAAUAUCAUGUGUAAUUACAGCCUCACUACAUGCACAUGACCUUAGGGCCCUCCACCUGUGCCGAACCUUCUGGCCAGACACAGUACAGCAAGUCGCAGCUUCUGCCCUGUCAAUGUUCUGAUUCCCUCUUUGACUACCACCAACAUGUCAAGAUAAGAGAAAGCAGCCUGGGGAAGUUGGAGACUGAAUAGACUGGCCAGCCGUUUUGGAGUUUUUCAGUUAUGUGCAGACUUGGGUAUAGUGCACUAGAGAUUUACCUGGUAUUCUCACAUCACCCAGAGUGUCUGGAUUUUGCCCCAAGGUUGAUAUCUUACAAGGCAAAAAUUCUAUGACCUAUUAACUACCUCCUGGGAGAAAGAGAGGCAGCUUUAGAGUUAAAUCCUUGAUUUUCCCUUUGAGACAGAUGAGCUGUGAUGAGUUUUGAAAACCCAAUUCUGUAUGACUAGGGGCUCCUCUUCUUGAGGUAAUGACAGCAGGGUCCUUUGUGGCCCAUCUGCUUUUAGUCGGUGUCAGAUUGAUUGUGGUCUGGUUGACCAGACUGCAUGUGGCCAACGUGUCAGGUGACUUUCAAUUGCUUCAUCUGGCUCUUGACUUUAUAAGUCAUUUGUAGGAUCCAGUGUGGACAUAGGCUUAAAAUACCAUGCAUCUGCAAGUUUUCUGUAGUCCUGUUGUAUCAAGAAUCCAUGGAAAGUUCAGGUCAGUAAAGCUGAUACAGAUUCUUCACCGAAAGAAUAGUAGAGUUUCAUAUUUGACUGGUUUGGAAUAGUGCCUAGGAUUUUGGGCCUGCUUUCGUUAUUAUGGUUUCAUCAGUGAGCAGAGAUUUUUUGAGCAUCUGUCUUAUGCCAGGGCAUUAUGCCAAGCUCUGGGGAAACCACCCUGAACAGGACAUAGUUCUUGCUCUCAAGGAAUGUAUAAUUCUUUAGCCAGACCCAUAGUGAAAGGAGAUGAAAGCAGUCAGUGAUUUGUAAGUUAAGAGCUGCCUGCAGUUACCACCACGGAUUAGGGUGUCCCACCCACCCAUGAGCUGAAGCAUUUUUUUUAAUUAAAAGGACUUUACAACUCAAACUACUAGCUCUGCGAUAAGUGCCAGGCCAUUAGAAUUCGUGAAUGGCCUGUGUUCCUCCUCCCUCUGCUUCGCAUAUUGUUUCUUGCCCCAUAACUGUGUACUAUAGGAGGUACCCCUUAUCCGCGGUUUCCGUUUCUUCAGUUUCAGUCAUCUGUGGCCAAGGAAGGUCUGGAAGCACGGGAUCAUCCUCCUGACAAAUCUUCAGAAGGUCAGUAGUAGCCGAAUGCUAGUCACGAUGCCGCGUCAUUCCCCUCCACCUCCUCAGUAGGCAUCGGAUCACCUCACACUGUCACCAGGGUGAGAGCGGUACCAUAAGAUACUUUGAGAGAGGCCACUUUCACAUAACUUUUAUUACAGUAUAUUACCAUUUUUCCAUUUUAUUAUUAGUUGUUAAUCUCCUACUGUGCCUAAUUUAUAAAUUAAACUUUAUCAUAGGUAUGUAUGUGUAGGAAAAAACGUGUAGGGUUCGGUACUAUCUGUGGUUUCAGGCAUCCAGUAGGGGUCUUGGAACGUAUCCCCUGUGAAUAAGGGGGUACCUCUGUAUUGGUUCCUCCUUAUGAACAAGGCUAUAAUUGAUUUUUCCCUCUUUGAGGGAAAAAUGGUAAUAUUCACAGUAAGUGAGACAAUGGAUGCGAAACCACUGAGCACAAUGCCCUAGUACGUGUUAGGCACUCAGCAAGUGUUAUUACUGUCACUAUUUCAUGGUGAGGCUGGAAGCAAACUAGAUUCUUAAUCUGUGCUCCUUAAAUGCUGGAGGCCUGGGCAAUGUAUGUAUUUCUUGAAAAAUGUGACCCUUUAUUUCAUUGCCUCUAGAGCGCUUAAAUAACAGUAGUCUUCCUUUUUUAAAUACUUACUGGAUAUAAUUGUGGCCAUUAUGUGAUGCCACAUGUGAUGUGGUUCCACCUGUUUUUAAAAAGGAACAAAAUUACUUCUAUUUUGAUGGUGAAUUUCAAAACAGAAAAAAAUAUUUUUAUCUUCACCUCAGAAUGGUGAUUCAGUUAAAACUUUCCCAAUUGCUCCUCUGCAGGCCAGACCUGCCUUCUUCCUUGCUCCACGCUGCCUGUGCAUCCACGUUUAUCUCAGUUGUUGGUGCUUAUAGAUCUUUGGCAUCAUCACCUGUCUUCUAGCUCUUACCUUUAAAGGGGUGCCACUUCGUGACGGGAUGAAAAGAUAUUCAAUGGUGGGUUUUUUUAAGCUUUCUUUUUUGAGUUACCUUAAAAAAAAGAAAUCUACUGGUUAGAUUUAUUGUCUCACAAAAAUGUUUUUAGAGAUUAUUUUGUUCAUAAGUGUUUCUUUCUCAUGCUGAUGAUCAACUGAUUUUUUGUCUAUAAAUGUUGGCCUAUCAUAGUAUUUUUUUCAGUACAGAUCCUAUUUACCAAAUGACCAUUUUAGUGGUUUUAAAAGGUACUAAGGAUUGAGAUGUGUAAAUCAGGUGACCUAAACAUGAAAAUUAUGUGCCUAAAUAUUUUUGUAAAGGUGUCAAAUAAAUACUUUUUCCUGAACACGUAUUAAAAUUCCUUUCUAAGUGCAAAGAGCCAUUAAGUCUGCCCACAUUCAAGAGGAUGGCAUCCAGUUAGUUGAUUGAAACCUAGUAAUAAAAUAGUUUGCCAUUGUGGUAUAUAAUAGAAAUCUAUAUUUGGUCUUUGUCCCUGUUCCUCCUGGCACAUAGCUUCCAAGACUCUUGUACUUUAUAAGCGCUAUAAGAGUAUCUUUUUUUGUUAUAUUUAGUUUUGUUCCCAGUUGUUGAAAUAGUUCUGUAGCCAUAAAGAUGAAAUGAGUAUCUUUUAUUUUUCAUAAUGAGCCUCUUAACCAACUGCACCUGACUUUGUUAAGGACGGGUAGGGGCUGGUUGUGGGGGGAACCAACCAUGGCAAUUUGGGUUGUGAGCUUUCAGGCUCCUUGCCCCACCCACCUAGGUGAAGGGGAGAGGGACUGGAGGUUAAAUCAGUUGCCAAUGUCCAGUGAUUUAAUCAUGUCAACAUAGUGAAGGCUCCAUAAAAAUCCCUGAACUACGAGGUUUGGACAGCUUCCAGGUUGCUGAAUGCAUGGAGGUGCUGGGAGGGUGGUGCAUCUGGAGGGGACAGGGGUGGCCCACACCCUUGCCACACACCUCGCCCUAUGUAUGCCUCUCUUCCAUCUGGCUGUUCCUGAGUUACGUCCUUUUGUAGGAAACCAGUAGUUUAGUAAAUAAACUGUUUUCCUGAGUUCUGUGAACAACUCUAACAAAGUAUUCAAACCUGAGGGGGAGGUCCUGGGAACCUUGAUUUAUAGCUGAUUGGUCAGACAUACAGGUUAACAACAUGGACUUGUGAUUUGCUUUGGAAAGGGGUGGGGGAGGUGACCGAUGUAUGGGACCGAGCCUGGGAGUCUUGUGGGGCUGCCAGCUCCAGAGCGAGUCAGAACUGGGUGGUAGUUAACCCAACUAGUGUUGCAGAUUUGUUUGGUAAAUAGUGAGUAGAGUAUUGAGAGAAAACACAGGAAAAAUUUUUGCUUUAUAGCCACCCAAGUAUUUUGUAUGACUCACACAUAUGAUUAAAUAUCUGUCUCUGGCACAGUUGUGGUAAUUUCAAAAGAAAGAAAUGCUAAUCUUUCUACUUUUAAAAUAUUUCAUCUGCUUAAUCAGGAGUCUAAGCCUCUGAAUAGCUUUACCGGGACAUAACCCCAAAAUAAAAUAUGCUCAUCAAGAGAGGCAUUUUGGUACAGGCAAGCUCAACUGAAUUACGAGUACAUGAAGACUUUAAAAAAGAUUGUGACAAAAUACCUAUAGCAUGAAAUUUACCAUCUUAACCAUUUUUAAGUGUACAGUUCAGUAGUAUUAAGUCUAUUCACAUUGUUGUGCAACCAGUCUCCUGAGUUUUUCAUCUUGAAAAACUGAAAUCCAUGCCCAUUAAACAGUUCCCCAUUUCCCCCUUUGUUCCGGCCCUGGGAAACCACCAUUCUACUUUCUGUCCAUGAAUUUGGCUAGUGUAGAAAACCUCAUAUAAGUGAAAUCAUACAGUAUUUAUUUGUCUUUUUGCUACUGGCUCAUUUCACAUAACAUAAUGUCCUUGAGGUCCAUCCAUAUUGUAUGUAGCAUGUUGUCAUAGUUUCUUUCCUUUUUAAGGCUGAAUAAUAUUCUAUUGUGUGUAUAUAGCACAUUUUAUUUAUCCAUUCAUCCAUUGAUGGACAUUGGGUUGCUUCCACUCUUGGCAUUGUAAAUAAUACUGCAAAAAGUGGGUGUCUUAAUCAGUUUUACUGCUCUAAAAAAUGACUGUAGAAUGAGUGGCUUAAACAACAAACAUAUAUUCUCACCUUGGAGAAGAAGCUGGAAAGUUCAAGAUCAAAGUGCUUGCAGAUCUUGCGUCUGGUAAGAGCCUGCUUCCUGGUUUGUGGAAUAUCCAUCUUCUCUUAUCCUCACAUGGUGGAGAGCAGAGAGGAAGCUUUGUCUUGCCUCUUCUUAUAGGGCACUAAUCCUAUCGUGAGGGCUCCACCCUUACGACCUAAUUACCUCCUGAAAGCCCCAUCUCCAAAUAUCAUCAUGUUGGGGAUUAGGGUUUUAAGAUAAGAUUUUCCUUCAGAUUCUGUGUCUCCCUCUCUCUCUGCCCCUCCCCUGUUCAUGCUCUGUCUCUCUCU